AUCAAUUGUGAUCCAGAGGUGCGCUAAGGCGUUUCGCAGCUAAUGAGAGCUGAUUAUAAACAUGAAGAGUUAAUUUCAGAAAAGUUCAUUUCGUUUUUAACGACAUUUUUAUUUUUGAGCGAUGGUACUUUACCGAUUCAGUUUUUUUGUGUAACUUGCCACAAAAUUUCCUUCAUUUACUUCGAAUCAAUCAACAAGCCGAAAACAUUGCAUUAAAAUAAAUUAGAAGUUAAUUAUGGAUUUCACGACAUUAAUGCAGCAAGCGCAAAAGCUUGUCAAUGAUACACAAAAUACUGAUGAUUUGCCACGGGUGGAACGAUCGAUGCCGCAAAUUUUAAAGGCAACAAAUGAGCUUCAUAGUCGUGUUACUUCAUCGAGCAGUGCACAAGAUAUCCAAGCAUAUGUUCUGUUGGGAUCUAAAGGAAUUGAUCUACCGAAAAUUUCAAAAAAUUUAGAGACACUGAGUGCUCGAAAGACGUUUGAAACAUUAGAUCCAGUUUACGACACUGAUAUUCAUAGCUUUUUAAAAAAUGAAAAGGAAAAUGCUAUAUUGUCAAUAAUUCAAGAUGUCAACAAAAGUUCCAUUGAGAACUCUCAAGCACAAAAAUGGGAUCAUAUAAUGAAUGAGUGGAACAUGGAAAAAGUUAAGCUUAUGAAUGCACUCGUAGGACCUUCUCAAAAUUGGAUAGAUUUUCGAAAACUUCCCGAACAAACCAUUCUUAAUGAAACAUCAGGCAUUAAAUCAUCUUUGAACUCAAUUCAAAUGGCUUAUGCCAAAGAAGUGACAGAAUAUAAUCGUUUUGAUCGGGCGAUGAGAUCUUCACUAGUUGAAAAGUUUACGAAUGUUGCUCAAUCGUUUAAUGAUAAAAAGACUCUAGAAAUGUGGGAAAUUAUCAAAUUCAUGUCGAAUGUACGUCCAAUUCCCAAAAAUCAAGAUCCUGCAAAGCAUCGUUUUAACUCUGAGUUUGUUGAUCAAGCCAAGAAAUAUCUUGAGAAACAUUUUCGUGUUUUUAUGCAGACUGUAAUCUCUGAGCAUUUAAAAGAGACUCAACGCGGUGGCGAUCCAAGUAAUUACAAGCUGAUUGAAGCAUUUGUAAACCUAAAACUAAGAAAUCCAAAUGAAUUGAUUGGAUUGCAGGAUAGACGAGAUAAUUUCUUUCCCUGGCCAAAUGUAUUUUACUCGAUGAGAUGUGGAGAUAAUAAGUCUGCCUUGAAAUGUCUUGAAAACAACCUGCAAGACCAAAAAGACAUUAUAACAGCUAUUGAAGAGCUUUUAAAAAGUGCUGAUGGAAAAAUAAGUGUAAAGAUAAAAUCUCAAAUUAAAAUGCAAUAUAAACAACAUAAGAUUCGUAUGAGUGAUCCUUACAAGCGAGCAGUCUAUGCAAUUUUGGGAUCAUGUAGUGAGCAAUCUGAGCUUAAUUCAUCAUUUGAAGACUAUUUGUGGAUGCAACUUUACCUUAUUUCUAAUGUGUCAACUGAUUCUAAUGACAAAUUGACACUUCCGGCAUUGCAAAGAACAAUUUUAGAGCAAUACGGAGAGAAAUAUUUCAAAGCAGAUGAACAACCACAAAGAUAUUUCGAAGUUUUGGCUCUUACAGGACAAUUUGAAGCUGGAAUUGAAUUUUUGUCGCGCUUUGAACGUUAUCGUACGCAUGCAGUACAUUUCGCUCUCGCCCUUAACGAGUUACAUUUAAUAACAACACCUAGAAACAUUCAAGAACCGCUAAUAAUCGUUGACAUAGAAGAUCCAAAACCUUUACGACGUUUAAAUAUUGCUCGACUUAUAAUGCUCUAUGUUGAAAAGUUUGAGAUUAGUGACCCAGGAGAAGCUCUUCAAUACUACUAUUUUCUAAGGCACUUGACGGAUUCAAAUGGAAAGAAUCUUUUCUUAUCAUGCGUCACUGAUUUAGUUGUUGAAAAUCUCAAUUAUGAGUUGAUAUUUGGAAAAAUGCAGCCAAGUGGUAUACGAUCUCGAGCAUUUAUAGAUCAAUUUGAUAAUGUUAUAAAUAUACAGUCGGCAUGUAAUGGAAUAGCGGAUGAAUUUGUCAAGAAAGGACUAUUUGAAGAUGCUAUUAAGAUGUAUGAUUUAGCAGAGAAUCCAGAGCAAACUCUACGUUAUAUCAUAACAUUAUUGUCACAAGUCGUACAUCAACAAACUAAACCAGGAUCUAUGAAAGAGAGAUUACAAACGAUUUCUUUAGAGAUUAGUGAAAGAUAUAGAUCAAAAGAAAUUACGUGCGAUCCACAAAUAAUGAAAACAUUCAACACUCUCAAGAUAUUGAUGCAAUUUUUCCAACAUUAUCACGAUAAUAAGCACGAGGAAGCUUUGGAAAUAUUGGCUCAAACUAAACUUGUACCCUUGCAUAUGAAAGAUGUUGACGUUUGUGUUCAGAAUUUCAAAAAAACUGGCGGAGAAGUAUGUAAAAUUCUUCCGGAUAUUUUACUUUCAACUAUGGAUAUAAUUUAUAAAAAAUAUACAACAAUUAAAAAUAAAGAAAUUUCAAGAUUUAACGAAGGAAAUUCUGAUGAUAAAUUAAAAUUUCUUCGCGAGCAAGCCAAGGGAAUAACAGUCAUGGCUGCAUCAAUUUAUUUUAGAAUGCCGAGUGAUACCAACUCUCGUUUAAUCCAAACAGAAAUUCUAAUGCAUUAAAUGAUUGUAAUAUUAUAUUUUUUAAAUUUAAUAAAUUGGAAAUAAGCUACAAAC